AUGAGUAUUGCAGAGUACACAGAGAAGUUCGAAAGACUCUGCAAAUUUUCCGCCAUGUAUAAGGCUAAUCCAGAUGAAAAGUGGAAGUGUAUGAAGUAUCAAGGAGGGCUCAGGGCAGAAGUUCUAACCGCUAUAGCCCCACUGGAAAUCCGGGAGUUCUCCUCCCUCGUUAGCAAGUGCCAGGUGAUCGAAGAAUGCACCAAAAAACUAGCGUCGGAAAGAAGCGAGGCUUUCAAGAAAAGGCAACUGAAUCAAGAAUUAUCUCAGCAGCCGCCGCAGAAGAAGGCCUUUCUUGAGAAACCUACAGGAAGGCAACCUCAACAGGGCACGGAUCGCCAGGAACCUUCCACUGAUGCCUCACCAAAGACCACCGAACUCAAGGAGUGUGCUUCAUGUGGGAAGCAACAUAGGGGUAGGUGCCUUGCCAGACAAAAUGUCUGCUUCUGGUGUUUUCAGCCGGGGCAUAUCGCCAGGGAAUGCCCAGCAGUUCUCCCACCCCUUGCCAAUCCACCACAGCGUCAAGGGCGAGUCUUUGCCCUCAGCAGCAAGGAAGUCCACGAGUCAGAAGAUCGAAUCGAGGGUAAAUGCACAAUUAAUGGAAUCCUUUAA